AAUAUAUAAUAAAACUAUUGUUAAAUAAAUUCUUUUGACAGCAUUUAUAAAUUUCGAUAUGAUUUGAUAAAUAAUAAAUAUAAAAUAUUAUAUAAAAAUUAAAUUAAUUUAUUGCUUAAUUUUUAUGAAUAAACGCCAACUAUACGAAUAUAACGACUCGUAAGCAAGUUCAUAUUGUAAAGUAAAGAUCAAUUAUUCGCGGCGAAAGGUCCGCACUCCUCGGAGUUGUGCGUUACGUUCUGUACGCGUCAACAUCAGCUGUUGUUUCGCUCUCGCGUAAAAUGACAGUUUUGUGGAAGUUCAUAAUGUGGAAAUCAUUUUCGUGAGGCUGCUUCGUGUAUCGCGGAAGUGAGCCUUUUAUUCUGGAUAAAAUGAACGGAAGUCUGGGAAUAAUGCGCGGACCAGAGCAACAUCCACAGAGGUUCGCGGAUUAUUUUGUCAUAUGUGGACUGGACAAAGAUUCUGGCUUAGAGCCAGAUAAGUAUUUCGGUGAUUCUUUACAAUGUACACCUCUAGACCGAGCAUAUAAAAGUAAAGUAUUGGGACACUAUCCAGAUUCUGUUCCAUGGAACCCUUUUGACGAACACGCUGUUUGCAUGCUCUGUCUACCGAGUGGCCUGAAAUUUCGAACACAGAAACAUUCGGUGGAGCCAACGUUCCAUUCGUUCGUGCUCACGAAAGAGGACGGACACAGAACUUACGGGUUCAGCCUUGUCUUCUACGAGGAGUGCAGAAAUCGAAAGAUAUGUGCAGCUAUGCAAACCCUUCAAGCGAUGCACAUCACGGAACUUAGCAGCGGCCAAAAUGGUACACCACCAACGGCAAGGAAAGGCCAGGACGGACAUAACACGCGAUCGUUGCCACGGCAUUUCAAGCUAUCAGCACAUUCACCAAGUGCUGCGUUAGGCUACUACGACUCCACCAAAGACAAGUUGCUAGUGACUAAAUCGAUAUCCUUGCUAUGCCAGCAACCUUACCUUCAUGCCGCGAAAACGUUCCUCACUAAUCUCUACAAAUGUGUUCCUAGACAUCCAGGACCUGGUCUUAGUUUAGAAUCCUAUGUAUACAAUCUGUUGUACAAUGUGCCGGUACCAUUGCCUGGAAAGUCGUUAAAGUUCUUUGUUCCCAACGAUGAACCAGCGAAGUCGCCUUUAGAGCUGGUUAUCCAUCAACCUACGCCAUCGCAAGAAUUACCGAUGUUAGAUUAUCCUCUGAAAGAUAUGUUCACAUGGCUUGGCGCGGACUGCGUGAUCCAAUUAUUCACGUGCGUCCUAUUAGAGAAUCAAGUUUUGCUCAGGAGUUCGGAUUUUCACAAGCUGAUGGUAGUAUCUGAGUGCAUAACGGCGCUUCUAUUCCCAUUUUCAUGGCAACAUGUGUAUGUGCCGAUAUUGCCUGCCAGUCUAUAUCAUUUCUUGGACGCACCAGUACCGUUUAUAAUGGGUUUACACGCGCAAAGCGAGGGCGGUGUAUUGAAAAUUGCCAGCGAAGCGAACCUUUGUUAUGUAGAUAUAGAUAAGCAAAGUAGCCAAUUUCCAGAAGAAUUACCUGUAUUUCCUCAUAAAAUGCAAUUUAUUGAUGAGAUUAGAACUCUCUUAAACAAGUACAAAGUACCACUCACGGGAAAGACUGAUAAUAUGGUCAUAAAUCAUUAUAAUGGUGACAUCAUGACUAGUAGUCUGACACUUCCUGGUUCUGGAUUUCAUCUUCCUCGCAGAAAACAUUCUUUACACGAUGUUUUAGAUUGGGAUCGACCGGAACCAACAGCACAAUCAGACACUUUACAAAGGAUAGUAGAUAUUGUUAAAAGAACGGGAGUAAAUGUAGAAGAUAUUGAUUCAGUGGAAGAUAACGUGAAAGAACGAGUACUUUCGCCUCAAGAAGAAUAUCAAGAAACACUUAUGUUUAAUAACGCAAUUAGGGAAAUUUUUUUGAACCGUUUUGUACAGAUUUUUUCUAGUUACGAGCAUUUUGUUAUUCAGCCAAGUCAAGAUAAAGAUGAAUGGUUGAAUAAUAGAGACAGUAUGCAUGUUUUUGAUAAAGCUACAUUUUUAUCCGAUCAACCCACGCAGCAUUUACCAUUUUUAUCAAGAUUUCUAGAAACGCAAAUGUUUGCAUCUCUUGUUGACAGUAAAGUUAUGUCAACAUGGAGUGAGCUUGAUUUUAACAUACGAGUUUUUGAUCAAAGAAUUUCUUUUUUAAGAAAAAAAAUUGGGGAGGGUAUUAUACGAUCUACACGCUAUGAAUCUUGUACAAGUAUCGAAGAAUCACAAAAAAUAUUGGAACAGAGAUUAACAAAUGUUGAUUUUGAAACAAAUCCACCUACUGAAAUUCUUCCUCAUAGAGCUGCAUAUUUCCGAAGUUUUCCUUUAUUAGAUAAUGUUGCUUUAAAUAAAGAACCAGCUCAAAGUAGUCGAAGAGGUCAAACUCAAUGGAAAUAUAAAAUGAAAUCCAUAGAAUCAAAUGGAAAGAAUCAGGUACCUCAAGAAACUCAAUCACCUCGACCUCAAACUAAGUUAUCCGCGGAUAUGAGUCCAGCAUUAAUAGCACAAGCAAAUUGGACAUUUGUUGAAAAAUUGCUCAAGGAUUGUAAAUCAAAAACAAAAAGAAUGUUGGUUGAAAAAAUGGGUUCCGAAGCAGUUGCGUUAGGUCAUGGAGGUGAAUCUUUAUCGGAUGUCGAAGAAAAUACAUUAGUCGCUAGUCUCUGUGAUCUUUUAGAACGAGUUUGGAGUCAUGGAUUGCAAAACAAACAGGGGAAAAGUGCUCUUUGGUCGCAUCUUACCAUGUAUCAAGCAUUAAAAGUAGAAGAAUGUAACGAUCCGAAUAAACCUCUAGAUUCUAACUUUCUUUGUCCUGCAUUAUCGUGGUGCGUGGAGCGGAAGCGAUUCGAUUCCAAGAAAUCACCAAAUAAAUUUUUUGGAUUACCGGAGCGUUUAAUUUCAUCCUUAAAGGGCAAAAAUAUUUUUGAAAUUGCUUCUUAUAUCAAGGAGAAUUUUAAUGUAACAGAUCUACCGAAUUUGGCAUUGGAGAUCGAUUCACCAACACGAGGCACGGAUAAGCACAAGUCCCCUGGAGACAAAAAAGUCGGUCCUGAACAACUUUCUUUACUUUUUGAUAUUCGAAAUGUGCAAGCAAUGACUGAUAUUAAAACGCAUAUUGGAUAUGCCAGAGCCUGGGUUCGAUUAGCACUUGAAAAAAAAUUUCUUUCUCGCCAUUUGAGAACCUUAUUAUCAGAUAAUAGAUUGUUAAGAAGUCAAUAUAAACGUUCGGCAUUUUUGCGUUGUGAAGAAGAGAAGGAACAAUUCUUAUAUCAUCUUUUAACAUUAAAUGCAGUUGAUUAUUUUUGUUUUACAAAUAAUUAUCCAACUACAAAAUUGCCAUACAGGGUCAUUAUAUUUCCUAGUCGAAAAGCUAGUGCAGCUACCACUUCAGCAAAUAGCUGGAUUGCUAUUUCUGGCACACUUUGUGAAACAAAUCCAGUUCCAAUACCAAAGGGUGCAUUGGAAUUUGUAUUUCAUCAUAAAAAUUUAGGUGUGCUUUCCACAUUACGCAUUGGACAUGACAAUACCGGUCUUUCGCCUAAAUGGAUGGUAGAAUACGUCGUAAUAAGAAAUGAAGUUACAGGACAUACAUUUAAAUUUCCUUGUGGUAGAUGGCUUGGCAAAGGUAUUGAUGAUGGAUCUACUGAAAGAUUAUUAGUAGGCGCCCUGGUACCACGUAAUAUUGAAGAAUUGGUUGAGUCAUGUUCAACACCACCAAGAUGUAGAUCUCCUAGCAUACCUAGACGUCCCAUAUUAUCUCAAGUUGAAUUGCAACACAUGUUGGGAGAGUCUGUAAAUGCAAUUGUCAAAUUUCAUUAUAGAAGGGAAUGUCAAGAUGGUUCUUUGACUGCUCUACUUUGUGGAGAAGGUGGUCUUGUACCAUCAUUAGAACAAAUAUUUUUAUUUGGAUUUAAAAAUCAAAGGAUAUUUGGGAAAAACUUUUAUGUUUGGGAUUAUCUCUUACGUGUAAAAGAAAAUUUUGAAAUUUCUUUAUUGGAACAAAUGGACGAAUAUUCACAGAGGCUUAAUAGAGAUAGACGAAUUCAUGCAGAAAAUAAUCAAAGAUUUGCAACUUUAAGAUGUUAUUGUCAUCUAAUCGAUCAAAUUAAUAUGUUUAGUCAGACUCUUGGUAAAGAUGGAAAAUUUCAAUUAUUUAUAUGCUUAGCAGCGAGAGAGCAGCUUCUUCAUUCUAUGCUUCGACCAAUGAGCGAAGCGCGUUCUACCGCGGAUAUGUAUGAAGAAACUUCUUUUUUAAGAAAUUCUACAUUAUUAAAUUUCCUCAUUCAUAUUCUUGAACCUCUAAGUGAAUUUCAUAUUGUUCUUGAAAAGAGUUUAACUCAUGGAAUUUCUAGUAUAUGUUAAUUUAUCAUAAACAUUCCAAUAAUUAGGAUAUAUUUCUUUGAAAUGGCACAAUUUACAAAAUUCUAAAUAAUGCGAGAUAAAAAGAGAUAAAUGUUAUGAUAUUGAAGAAAUGAGGAACUUUCUAAAACAUUAUUAUUAAGAAUGUAAGAGAAAUUUAAUAAUGCAAAUGAAGACUGUUAUGCUGAUGUAAAAUAGUCGUUUUUAGAUGAUAAAAUUGUUUGACAGAAAGUUGAUAUAUAAGUGAUAAUGGAAACAAAGAUUUUGUCCUGCUCUGAAAGUUGAUAAUAUUAAUAACAGUAAGAGUUCAGUGCAAAGAUAAAUAAUCUAAUGAUUUCGCCCAUCUUGCCGUAGUUACUUGGUAGAGAAGCUAGAUAAUAAUAAGUUUGUUGAAACUGACUUAUCGCGUACCAAAGAUGUGAUCCUAUUAGUUAUUACUAUUAGUAUUAUCAUCAUUAAAGAUCUAGAUUUCUUUUAGUUUUUUUAUAGUUUUUGUUGUGAGCAGAAUGUUUAAAAUAUUUAAAAGCGUGUACACAAUGUAUAUCACAAUAAUUAAUAUUUUAUUUGACAGAAUAAGUAUCAAUUUUAUACUUUCUAUUAUUUAUUAUUUUAAUCGAAAUAAUUAAUAAAAAAUAAUUUCAUCAACAAAUGUUAGAAUAAAAAAUAGUUGAAUAUUUUUAUUUUAAAUUUUUUACAAUCUUUUAUUUUAUUAUUAUAGUCUUUUUAACAUAAAAUAAUAUAUCAUGAAAAAUGAUCAGUUUAAAAUUUUUUUUUCAUUUUCACUUUGUUGUUCAUAUAUAUUUGUGGACAGACACGCUUCUAUAGUUGUUUAAUAUUUUAUCUAUUUUAUUAUUAAAACAAAUCGAAAAUUUUUAUUUUUUUAUAAUUUUUAAUUCAAUAUAAAUUUUAAACUAACAAACAACAAAAAUUUUGAAAUUUCUUUUAGAAAUAAUUAUCUAUUUAAUUUUUAGUGUUAGCACAAUUUAUAUUUCAUUGCUUAUAAAAUUAAACUAGUUAAAAUUGAAAAUGAAAAAUAUAAUGUAUUAAGAGAAACAUUUAUGAGCAUAUUUUAAAAAAAUGGACCAAACGAUUUAAUCAUUUACUCCAAGUUUCGAAGUGAUGCAAUUAAUUUUUAAUGCAUAAGAUACAUUGCAGCUGAUUGUUCUUCGAAUUUUUAAUGUAGAUAAUAACCAAAAUAGACAAAUUACUGUACUAAUUUAAAUAAUUUUACUGCUAGAAUUUGUCAAAUGAUAUAUCUUAGAUAAGAAUCGUUUUUUCAUAUUAAUGUAUGACUGUUCAUUCUUUGUAAGACACGUGUGAAUAAGUAGAUUUACUUAUAAAAAAUACUUAAAACUUAUAAUAAAAGUUUUAAUUUCAGAAUUUUAAAUUUUAUUUCUAUAUUUUAGAUUUAAAAACGUCCUUUAAUUUUAAAUAAUUUUUUUUUAAAGUGAUAAAGUAUAUAAAAUUUCAAAUUCAAGACAUAAAAUAUUCACACGUGUUCAUCGUGUCUUUCUUGACAUUCAUGACAUUCAUGACAAUGAUAUUAAUAAAUAACUUACUGCGAAUCUCUCGCAUCUGUGGCCAAAUUUAAAAAUUUACAAUAUCAUCUUUAUAAUAUAGAUUCAUGAAUAUAGAUUUCUAAUUUGUAUUAACACAUUGCUUAUCAAAUAAGACUAUCUUCUGAUUUAUUUUUUAAUACUAAAUUUUUAUACUCAUGUUCAUUUAUUAUUAUAUUUUAAUUUUUUCAAAUAUGAGAUAUUGUAAUUUCUAUUUUUUUAAUUAUAAAAUAUAAAUUUAUUAAUAUAUGUUACACGAAAAUUUUAUAUGUAUUUAUCUUAGAAUUGUAUUGCAAUAUAUUUUAAUAAAAAAUAUCUAAUGGAAAGCAAUGUAUUAAUACCUAAAUAUGAAACACAUAAUUUGUUAAUUAUAUAUUAUUAGUUGUUUCACGAUCGGUGAAAGUUUAUUAAGAUUCAUUUGUUAAUUAACUAUUAUAUAUUAUUACAUGUUGUUGAUAAAAAUAAUGAAAUACUCAUAUAAUGAUCUGAUUAGAUUUUUUUUUAGAAUAUUUAAGAAAAAAUUAAAUGAUUGUAAUUGAAAUUCUGUUUUACAUCAUUUUUAAACGAUUUAUUAUAUAUUUUGUCAUAUUAAUUAAUGAUUUGCCUUUAUAUAAAACAAAAAAUUAUAUAUUAAAUAAUCGUAAAAUGUGUAUUGUGAUCGUUUGUUAGACUGAAGAGUAAUUUUGUAUUUUAUGUUAUUUUAUGCUUAGGGCAUAUCUGUAUUGUCAUGUUAAAGUUAUGUAAUUUUAAUCUUUUCAUAAUUUUUAUUUUGUAUGUAUAAUGUUUAUAUAUUAUUAGUAAAAAUUUAUAAUUAUAAUGCCAUAAAUCUUUUACCCAAAUAUUAGAAAAAUUAAACAUGUCGCAAAAAUUUAUAAUACAUAUUAUUUUUUAUUUAUAUAAAUUUGUUGAUAGAAAGCUUAAUAUAAAUUAUGGAAUAAUAUUAUAAACACUUUAACAUGACAUCAGUGUGCAUCUAUUCAUAAUACUCAAAUAAAUAAUUUAUAAGUCUUAAUUUAAAAUUGAAAGUCAUGUCCAUCUAUUCGAUUUAUACUUGAUCGUUUCUCGGGUAAUAGAAAAAAAUCAAGUUCUUUACCAAGUUUGUAUAUAAAUGAAAAAUUACAAAGCUUGAUGUAACGUAUAGAAUCUUUUACAAGACAACUAUCAUAUAAUAUAAUUGUAUAUAUAUGAACUGUAAACAAAAUACUAUUAACAUUGUACAGUAGAAUAAAGGAUUAUUAAAAUGAAAGAA